GCGCCCGGCGGCAGGGGCGCGCACCGAGGCGCCGCUCAGUUCGGGGGCGCCCACGGAGCGGCCGCCAUAUGCCGCGGCUGCCGCGGCGGCUCCGAGCGGCGCUGCCCCCCGGCAUCCUCCUCGUCCUCACCGUCCUCCUCCUCCCCGCGGCGGGCGCGGACGGAGCGCGGCGCCUCCAUGGGAAGUUCGCACCUCCUGAACAAGGGCUUGCCUCUAGGCAUUCGACCUCCGAUCAUGAACGGGCCCAUGCACCCGCGCCCCUUGGUAGCGCUGCUGGACGGCAGGGACUGCACAGUAGAAAUGCCUAUUCUGAAGGAUGUAGCCACUGUGGCGUUUUGUGAUGCUCAGUCUACACAAGAAAUUCAUGAAAAGGUACUAAAUGAAGCAGUGGGUGCCCUGAUGUAUCACACUAUAACUUUAACUCGAGAAGACCUGGAGAAAUUUAAAGCACUUCGAAUAAUUGUCCGAAUUGGCAGUGGUUUUGAUAAUAUUGACAUCAAAUCUGCUGGAGAUUUAGGGAUCGCCGUGUGCAACGUGCCAGCCGCCUCCGUGGAGGAGACCGCGGAUUCCACCAUGUGCCACAUCCUGAACCUGUACCGCAGAACCACCUGGCUGCACCAGGCGCUGCGCGGGCGUGUUGGGCAGGCAGUGGCCCUGCGUGCCAAGGCCUUUGGCUUCAGUGUGAUUUUCUAUGACCCGUACCUGUCGGACGGCAUGGAGCGCGCCCUGGGGCUGCAGCGCGUCAGCACUCUGCAGGACCUGCUGUUCCACAGCGACUGCGUCACCCUGCACUGCAACCUCAACGAGCACAAUCACCAUCUCAUUAACGACUUCACCAUAAAGCAGAUGAGACAAGGGGCUUUCCUGGUCAACACAGCUCGAGGUGGGUUAGUAGACGAAAAAGCACUUGCACAGGCCCUGAAGGAAGGAAGGAUACGAGGGGCAGCCUUAGAUGUACAUGAGUCAGAACCAUUCAGCUUUAGUCAGGGCCCCUUGAAGGAUGCACCAAACCUGAUCUGUACCCCACAUGCAGCCUGGUACAGUGAGCAAGCCUCCAUUGAGAUGCGGGAGGAAGCGGCGCGAGAGAUCCGGAGGGCGAUCACAGGUCGUAUUCCAGACAGCCUGAAAAACUGUGUUAACAAAGAUCACUUGACUGCAGCUACACAUUGGGCCAGUAUGGACCCUGGAGUUGUUCAUCCAGAGCUUAAUGGUGCUGCAUACAGCGCCCUCCCCCGGCCAAACUGUCAAACCAGAGGCUGAUAGAGAGCACCCCAGCGACCAAUUGUAGCCCACAGCAGCAUUCCCUGCGCCGCGCCGGAGACAGCAGCUCCGCUCCGAGCAAAACCCUGGAUUUGGAUUCAAGGCAAAACCAUGAACUUGCAGGAGGAGACGAUUAUUGCUUCAGAAACUGGUCCAAUAUACAGUAUAAAAGGAAAAAAGGUGGGAGACAAAAAGAAGAUUCGGAAACAUUUUUUUCCUCCGUAUAAAUUGUAGUUUGUCCCUGUCCAGUGGACUGAUUCACUGUUUCUGUGUCCUAUGGGUUCUUUGUUAAGCAAGAGAAGUUAGUAGUUAAUUAUAUCAUGAAUGUACUUGUCUGUGUACAGUUUCUAGAACAUUAAAAAGGGUUUGUUUGCUUAGCUGUCGACAAGGAAAAACAUAAGGGAGGCAUUCAGCAAACCAGUUUUGAGAUUAAAAAUCCUUUCUUUUAUAUUUUCAAACAUGCCCAAAAAUGAGGCAGUUGGCAGACUUCUCAGGACAAUGAAUUUUUCCCAUUUUUCUUUCUAUGCCACACAGUGCAUUGUUUUUUCUACCUGCUUGUCUUAUUUUUUAGAAUAAUUUAGUAAACAAAAGAAAAACAGUUUCUCCUAAUUUUGGCGUGAAUUCCCUUAUUUCAAAAUGAAGACAACCUUGCAAAGAGAUUUUGAGGAAAACAAAAAGGUUUUGUAUAAACGAGCAUUGUGCUUUUUGUCACCAGUUAAAGUAUAUAUUAUUGGUGGUAUCUGGAAAAGGCACUAGACUACUGAAAAGUAGCAGCAUUUCAUUGCCUACAUUGAUUCCUUCCUGGUAAUGUGGUAGGCUAGCAAUAUUUUUGGUUAAAAUCAUGUUUGUGACUGUAACCAUUUGUAUGAAUUAUUUUAAAGAAAUAAAAAUCCCAGACAAAUAUCAUAUGUGUAAAAAUUUUUAUUUCUAGUAACUGUUUAUUCAACUUUUAUUAGGUUUCUUAGCUGUAAUUUUUAAACAGAUGCUGUCAAGUAUUUCAUUUCUAGCUUUACUUUGCUCUCUGUUGUUUGUAAUACUGUCUUGGAAGCUUGAAAAAUAAAAACAAAAUAAUUCUUUCCAUACCAUUUUUUCCCUUUACAUUUCGUAAAUGUUGAUCUUUUUUCCUGUGUUUCUAAUGGAGUUUGAAAUUAAGAUGGAUUUUGAUUUGUACACCGGCAUCAUCAGCUGCAAUGUGGUAACAGCAUUUACGCCACCACUGUGGCCAGAGCAGAGGAGGUACAACAGCAACACAACAACAGCAGUAAUAAUAAUAAUAAUAAUAAAUGUCUUUUGCCGAAGUCCAACA